AUGUCAACAUUAAUGAGAAACUUGAAGACGGCGAUUUUUUUUGGUGAUGUUAAGAAGGUGAAAAAAUUAUUAAAAUCAUUAGCGCCGAUACCACUCAGUAAAAAUCCUUUGAUCUUUGGAGGAUACAGUUUAUUAAAAUUAGCAAUUAAGCUCCGUAAUCGUAAAGAGAUUGCUAAAUUGUUAAUCAAGAAAGGUGCUCGAGUGAACAAAAAAUAUUGUGAUGAAUCAGUUCCUCUAUUACACAUCGCGAUAAGGAAACAACACCCCGACAUCGUUAAGUUGCUAGUCAAGAAAGAAGCUAAUAAGUGGAGCAGAUGUAUCUCAAACGAUAAAUUUAUUACCGAAGAAAUUGAAAAAUAUAGUUAUUGCACAGCGUUGGAUCUAUCCUGCAUUUAUCAACAAUUGAAAAUGGCCAGAUUAUUUCUGAAACUUAAUGACAAACCCAAUUCCACGCCACUUUUCGAUUCGAAUUCGAUCUCCAUUGCAGUAAUUCGUAAUUUGUGGAAAGUAGUGCGUUUAUUAUUGAAGUACAACGCAUGGGCAAAUUCGACGAUAAGUAAAAUGACAAUUACCCACUGCAGUCGUUAUUAUUCACGUGUACCACAAACGAGAUUGAACUCUCUUGGUGAAAAUCCGACAUUGUUGCAUGCUGCGAUAGUUAAAAAUAACGUUAAAAUGGUCGAGCUGUUAAUAAACCACGGGGCUAAUAUUCAUUACAGGACUAAAUCGUUCAAGAGAACUCCAUUAAUUUAA